GUAGUCAGUAGCCUAGUCACCACAGACUGGAGUACCGCAGAAUACAUGUCAAUUGUUUUGAUAAAACUAACGUGACGUCGGCAUUAUCUCCCACACCUUAUCGAAAAUUCCACAUUAAUAAGAUGUCGAUGUUAAAAUAAAACAGAUUACUUCGCGCUGUGUUCACGAAUCCCCCAAAAAAUUCGAAGGUAGAAAUGUCAAAACGCGUAUGUGUGAUCGGCGCAGGCAUAGCUGGUAUAUCCUCAGCCAGAUAUUUAAAAGAGGAAGGGAUUGACUUCACUGUUUUUGAAUCCACGCGAUACAUAGGAGGCACUUGGAGAUAUGACACUCACGUGGGCACUGAUGAAAAUGGUCAACCACUUCAUACAAGCAUGUACAAAUACUUAAGAACAAACCUGCCAAAAGCCCCAAUGGAAAUGCGGGGCUUCCCCUUGCCCGACUACCUGCCCUCGUACCCUACUGGAAGAGACUUCUACCACUAUCUAGAAGAGUGUGUGGACCGUUUAGACAUUAAAAAAUACAUCAAGUUCUUACACGCCGUAGUUUCAGUAAGAAGGAUAAACGAUGUGUGGAAAGUAAAAUACGAACACGUUGUAACUAAGGAGACGUUUGAGGAAGACUUUGAUUACAUCAUUGUUGGGAACGGACACUUUAGCAAACCUAGCUAUCCUAACAUUCCUGGUGAAGAUCUUUUUACAGGUAGAAUAAUCCACAGCCAUGACUACAAAGCGCCAGAACCUUUCACCAAUCGUCGUGUACUAGUCGUGGGCGCCGGUCCAUCAGGCAUGGACAUCGGUCUCGAAGUAGCUGACGUGGCCAGCGCUCUCAUCCACAGCCAUCACUCUAAGAUCAACUGGACCACGCCCUUCCCUCCUCACUACCACAAGAAACCUGAUAUCAAGGAGUUCAAUGAAACUGGAGUCAUAUUCGAGGAUGGUAGUUUUGAAGAAGUAGAUGAUGUUAUUUAUUGUACAGGUUUCUAUUACGACUUUCCAUUCUUGGACGAGUCAAGCGGCCUGACGAUGGAGCCCAAGAGUGUGGUGCCCCUGUACAGGUACACGGUGAACAUUAACCAGCCCAGUAUGUUCAUCAUGGGAGCUUUCAUCAGAGCCUGCUUGGUGGUCGCUUUGGAUGCUCAGGCACGCUACGCAACAGCUUAUAUUAAAGGGAACUUCAGUCUGCCGACCCGAGACGAGAUGAUGCUGGAGUGGCAGAAGAGAAUGGACACCAUUCGCUCCAAGGGACUGCCUACUUCUUACAUACACAUUCUUGGGGAAAAAGAGGACGAAUUCUACGCGGAACUUACAAGAGAGUCAGGUAUCGAGAGAGUUCCCCCAGUCAUGUUCAAGAUCCGCACAAUGGACACUGAGGCCAAGAUAGAGAACUUAUACACCUACAGAAACUACGCUUAUACAGUCAUUGAUGACCAUACUUUCGUCAGGAAGGUAGAAGACCCCGCUAUUAGGAAGGGAAUGCAUGAAUAUGGGUUAGCGUAUAUGAAUUAAAAUGGAUACGAACAUAAUAUCGGAGCACAUUCAGUUCAUACACUCAAAAAUGCAUUUGGAGUGGCAGAGAGCGAAUUUGAAGGCAAAAAUUUAUCGAUAGUGUUUCUUCGCGACAUGCUCUCACAUGCGCUUAUACUUAGAUAUUCAAAUUAAUAAACUAUGUGCCUAUCAAAUAAUAAUGAACAUGUAUAUAAAAUGUACCAAUUCAUUAUUAUUGAUACGUAACAGAUACACCCAAAAUAGUCUAUCGGAUAGAUUAGCUUUAAUUUCAAACUGUUGUUGUCUCGAUCAAAUAUUAAUCGGAAUUACUAAGUA